UUAACCCUAUCCACCCCCCCUCUCUCUCUCUCUCUCUCUCUAUCCAAGAUUUCAUUCUCUCUUUUAGGGUUUCUCACAGCAACUCCUCCACACAUCUCCCAUCAAUUCUCCAACAGCAAUGCCGCUUCCGACGAAACCAACGAGGGCAAUUCCGGAAGCCGGCAAGGACUCCGACGAGUCGGUGGCUCCGUCCAACAACCUCUGGGUAGGGAAUCUGGCGCCGGACGUCACCGACUCGGAUCUGAUGGACCUCUUCGCCCAAUACGGUGCGCUCGACAGCGUCACAUCCUAUUCCGCACGCAGUUACGCUUUCGUGUUCUUCAAACGGGUCGAAGACGCCAAAGCCGCAAAGAACGCUCUACAAGGCUUCUCUCUCCGCGGCAGUUCCUUGAAGAUUGAAUUUGCCAGACCGGCAAAGCCAUGUAAACAGCUUUGGGUGGGUGGUAUUAGCCCAGCUGUUACAAAGGAUGAAUUGGAAGCUGAAUUUCGUAAAUUUGGUAAAAUUGAGGAUUUUAAGUUCUUUAGAGACCGAAAUACUGCAUGUGUUGAAUUUUUCAAUUUGGAAGAUGCUACUCAGGCAAUGAAAAUCAUGAAUGGGAAACGAAUAGGUGGGGAGCAUAUUCGUGUGGAUUUCCUUCGGUCACAUUCUACAAAAAAGUUGCUUGAUUAUGGGCAGUUCCAAGGAAAAAGCUUGGGGCCUACUGAUACUUAUUCUGGACAGAAAAGACCGCUGAAUUCACAGCCUCCAAUGGGGAGGAAAGGUGAUAGUCAACCAAGUAAUAUUUUGUGGAUCGGUUAUCCUCCUGCUGUUCAGAUUGAUGAGCAAAUGCUCCACAAUGCCAUGAUUUUAUUUGGUGAAAUUGAGAGAAUUAAGAGUUUUCCUUCAAGGAAUUAUUCAUUUGUUGAAUUUAGAAGUGUUGAUGAAGCUCGGCGUGCGAAAGACGGCCUCCAGGGACGCCUUUUUAAUGAUCCACGAAUAACAAUUAUGUAUUCAAGCAGUGACCUAGUACCUGGCAAAGAUCACCCAAGCUUUUUCCCUGGAAGUAAUGGGCCAAGACCUGAUGUAUUUCUGAAUGAGCAUCCAUUUCGACCAUUACAAAUGGAUGCAUUUGGUCAUAAUCAUCCAAUGGUUCCUGGACAGUUACCACCUAGUGGUAUUAUUGGAUCAAACGUACCAAUGCGACCUUUUGGUCCUCAUGGUGGUGUUGAAUCCGUUAAUUCAGGCCCUGAAUUUAAUGAGAUUAGUGCACUCCACAAAUUUCAGGAUGGGAGCUCCAAGAGUACCAUGGCUCCAAACUGGAAAAGGCCAUCUCCUCCAGCACCAGGGAUGCUUUCUUCUCCUGCACCUGCUGUUAGGCUUCCUACAAGAUCAGUCUCUGGUGCAUGGGAUGUACUUGACAUAAACCAUAUUCCAAGAGAUUCUAAACGUUCAAGAAUAGAUGGCACUUUUCCUGUUGAUGAUUCUCCAUUUCCCUUGAGGAAUAUAGAUGAUAAUGGGCUAGCUCUAGAACAAACGUAUGGGAUUGAUCCAGCUAUUGAUGGAGGUGGUUCAGGUCCAUAUGUAAACAUUCAAGGAAAGAGUCACCUUGGUCCAGUGAGCACAAGGAUUACAGCUGGAGUACAUGGUUCUGUGCAACCUGAUAUUGACCACAUAUGGCGUGGAAUUAUUGCAAAAGGGGGAACUCCUGUUUGUCGUGCUAGAUGUGUCCCUAUUGGGAAAGGGAUUGGGACUGAGCUUCCUGAUGUUGUUGAUUGCUCAGCUAGGACGGGAUUGGAUAUACUUACAAAACAUUAUGCUGAUGCAAUUGGUUUUGAUAUUGUUUUCUUUCUCCCUGAUAGUGAAGAUGAUUUUGCUUCAUAUACUGAAUUCCUUCGCUAUCUUAGUGCAAAAAAUCGUGCUGGUGUUGCCAAAUUUGUGGAUAACACCACCUUAUUCUUGGUGCCUCCUUCUGAUUUUCUUACUAAAGUUUUGAAAGUCACUGGACCUGAACGUCUAUAUGGUGUGGUUCUUAAGUUUCCACCAGUUCCAAAUAGUGCACCCAUGCAACAAUCAUCACAUUUCCCUGUACCAUCAACUCAGUAUAUGCAGCAGAUUCCUCCUUCGCAAGCUGAAUAUGGUUUGAUUCCUGUAAAAGAGGAACAGGUUUUGCCAAUGGAUUAUAACAGAUCAUUGCAUGAGGAUACUAAGCUUCCUGCUAAACCAGUCUUUCCACUGACAGGUGGGCACUUGUCAGUUCAGUCUGUGCCCACAGAUUAUGCUUCUAAUACUGCUGCUGCUGGGUCCCAAGCCGGAGUUGCUUUGACACCAGAGCUUAUUGCAACUUUAGCUUCUUUACUCCCUGCAACUACACAAUCAUCUGCCACCGAUGGUGCUAAGCCAGCAGUAGGCUCCUCAACCAUGAAGCCUCCACUUCCUCCUGUGGCACCAAAUGAUGGAAAUCAAUCUCAUUUAUGGAAACAGGAUCAUCAAAUUGCAGAUCAAUCCACUCAUCCUUCUCAACAGUUGAGGACUAUGUAUAACAUUCACAAUGCUCACUAUCAGCCUUAUCCACCGGCAUCUGCUUCUGGCCACACUGCUCAAGUGGUGUCAGGCAGUUCUCAUAUUCAAGACCCCACUGCCAGUAUGCAGCAGCAGGGUGCUGUUCCAUCGAGACAUAUGUCUAAUUUCAUGAUACCUACUCAAAGUGGACAGGUAGGUGUAUCCCCCCAUGCCAGCCAGCAGUAUCAAAUCGAAGUCUCCCCCAACACUCAGAAAGGCUUUGGAGUGGUGCAGGGAACAGAUACACCUGUUUUAUACCAUGCUCAGGCAUUCCAGCAAUCUAAUAAUUCUAUUGCCUUACCUAAUCAAGCUAACAGUGCUAAUCCUUCACAGCAACAAACUGUGAUGCCAUAUACAGUGGACCAAGUAAACUCAGACACCCUCAAUCAGCAACUUCCUGUUUUUGGAGUUGGUCAAGGCACAUCAGAAGUGGAGGCUGAUAAGAACCAGCGAUACCAGUCAACAUUACAGUUUGCUGCCAAUCUUCUUCUCCAAAUACAGCAGCAGCAACAGCCAGCCCCGGGAGGACAUGGGCCAGGAUUUCAACAAUGAGAAUUGUUUUCUGUAAGUAAUCAUCCCACUACUAUUUCUUCCCUUCACAUACUACCACUAAUCUAGGUUGAAUGUUUUAUUCACAUUUAAAGAUUCUGGCCAUGCUUCCAUUGAUUCCCUGAAUAUUUUUUUUGUCAUUGUUGUAUUGCACAUGACUUUCUGGCUGCAUACCUAAGCUGCAAAUCAUCUGUCGGUUCUAAGCCUGAGAUUUUGAAAACCUUAGACAUAAGAAAUAUGGAAUUCUUACGUAUAUUGACUUACAAAAACAAAAUAAGCACUUGGAAACAUGUAUUAGGAAUUCCUGUGGUCCAAAGUUUUCUGAGGAGGAUCUUAGAACAGGUCACUAGUUUUGUUUUGGGCAUUUGAAGAGAAAGAGAAACAGUGCAAGGCUGUAAGUGGUAGGUUUCUUAGGUAACUUGAGAUUAGGGUAGGUGAUCUUAAUGUCAUUGUUUUCUGAUCGAUCAAACAAUGUUUAUCCGAACUGCUGUAAAAAUCCAUUGGAUUUGUUUUGUUCUAUUUUGUGCUCUAGUAAACUCAGAUUAGGAUCCAUUAUUUCCUAUUCUUUGUUGUUUUUGAACUUCUUAACAAUUUGUCUUGUGAUCUGAAUUCCAUCAGGUUUCUUGUAAGGUUUAUCAUGUUCUAAAAAGUCCAUGUAUUGGUUAUUGUGGGCUCUUCACAUUUGGUUCAAAACCUUAUUGCAUUCAGAUUCUUUGGUUUCUAAGCCUUCAGCUGUUCCAUAUCCUAUGCUCAUCCCAUUUCUUCUCCCUGCCCUGCUCCCUCAUUUGGGAUUUCCUCCGUAUCUCUUCUUUGAAUGUCAUUGUUAUUAUGCUAAUUGUGUAGUGCAUAAGGAUGCAGAAACACUAACUAUGUUUGAUUGUAUCUUAUUACAAAAAAGUAUUCUACAUUUAUUUUUUAAUGGAUUUAAUACAAAUGGAGUUGGGAUUAUUUGUGUCAAAAUAAUCAGUUAUAUUUUGGAAGGUCUCUUUAGAAGCUAACAAAGUAAGUUAACCAAAUAUGUGGACGUGGUAAAUGUAGACGUUUCAUUUCACUGUGGGAUAGCAUUAUGUUUUACUGAAAACCCAUAGUUAAUGGGUAUCUAGUCUAAUAUUGUUGAAAAUUUGUUCCUUAAAAUUAAUGGCUAAUAACAGUGUAUGUUGUCUCUCUUGUCUUGCCCUAGCUCCUUUUUUCUCUCAUUAUUGUGAAUUGGGAUCUUUCCAUGUGGGACAUAAUAAAUGCAAAGUAGUUUUCCUUUAACUAUUAGGAGCAUUCUGAGUUAGCUGUUUGCUAACUACCUCGUCAUAUUAGAGUGCCAUUAUGUUUUUCUUAUUGUGAUAUUUAAGUAUGUGCUCUACAUUGCACAGUCAUGGGAUGAAUGGCAUCCCAUCUUUUAUAGUGACCAUGGUGUGAUUACGGUUUGAGUAUUGAGAAGCUAGUUUUUGUCAUCGAACCACUUCAAACUCUACCAACUUAUCUUGUUUUCUGCUGCACAUCUGGUUAUAAUGGUUAUACCAAGAAACCUGUUAAUGUUGCUUCUUCGAAUGCAGCUUUCUAAGUUUUGUUCCCUUUCCUCUUCAUCUAAGAUAUCUUCUCUGAUUGCUUCCUAGUCAUCUGGCUAACAGCUGGAAAGUUUACUCCAGGCAUGUUACAAAAAAUUGUCAUUUCAUGUGCCCAGUGAAGUAAAUUUCUGUUUAGGGAAAUUGUAGAUUCUAUAUUUACAGUUAAUGCAAUAGGACAUAGGAUACAAAAUGUUCUCUUGAUUGAUAUUGUGAUUGAAAUUAUAUUAUAGAAGACUAGAACAUGAAAUUUCUUAUUUAAAGUUUUGGGCCAUGUUUAGGAUUGAUAUGUUUCUCUGUUAGGAUUUGAAGGAAAACAUCCUGGUUGGUCCUAAGUCCUAUUUUUUGUUGAGAGAUUAAUGCAAUGGGAGGUGAAUGAUAGAUGCUAUACUAUGAAAUCAAUUUGGACUUUCCCAUCAAUGCAAGUUGCAUGAUGUUUUAGGUUGAGAGCUAUAGCUAAUUUACAAUUGCAGUUAAGUCAUCAUCAACAGUAGGGAUCUGUUAGGUUUCUGCUUGAGAAACUCAUCUGAUUGAAUAGAAUUAAUAAUGUGGUUAUUUGGUUGAUGUGGGUAAUUAAGUUUUUUUUGUAUCUUUUUAGUAUAGCACUCCCUACCUAAUAUUUUUACAGUAUUUUCCUUGGUAAAAUUGUUUUAUCAACUUACUUAUUUCAGAUAUUAGCAGAUCUAUUUUGUAGCAAUCCUUGUGGUAUAUUACUUAUUUUGUGCACCAUCAUUAAUUCUGUUCACUAUUUUCUUGUUUCUGAUCGGUUCAAAGUUGUUGGGCUUUAAAUUCCAUCAACAUACUGUUAGCAUUCUGUUUCUGAUAUGCGCCAUAAUGUUUCUUUCUGUUUUUGUUAUCACAAUAGUGUACCUUCUCAGUUGGUUGAAUGCCUUCAUAGAUACCAAUAAAGUGACAUAAAAACUUGGCAUAGUAAACUUCUUCGCUUCUAUGUUUUGUAUCCCAUUAUUUUUUAGCUGUAAGCUGUGAUCCCCCUUCUCUUCUUUUUUCACCCCUUGGAAGGUAGUUUUUAGGGUUGGAAAUUCAAUCAUCAUAUAACUUAUGUUAUUAUGAAGUGUAUUUCAACUGUAUAAGAAUCUUGAAUGUCCUUCUAAAGAUUAUGUGAAGAUACUUGCUGAUUA